GAGAGAUGAGAUAGAGCUUUUUGAGAUGCAGAGAAUGCAGAGGCUUCGGAAAGCAGCCUUGGAAGGGAGUGUGAACUCCUUGCACGGAUUGCUUGAAGAGGACGAGCUCAUUCUCCAUAGAGCCAGUGUGGCUUGUCCCACUGAAACUGCUCUGCACAUAGCAUCUGUGCUGGGUCACGUCGAUUUCGGUAGAGAGCUUCUCUGCUGCGAGCCUCGGCUUGCUACCCAGCCUGACAUCCGACGGCGACAAACACCCCUUCACUUGGCCUCCGCAAAUGGGCAUCUUCAGCUUGUAAGAGWGCUGCUCAUUGCCAAUCCAGAAGUUUGUUUUGCUCGGGAUCGGGAUGGCAACACCCCUCUCCAUCUGGCAGCGAUUCAGGGCCGAGUGGAGGUGGUAAAAGAGCUGGUUCGGAUGAGACCCCAAGCGACCCGGAUGCUUGUGGAUCGUCGGCAGACCAUCCUGCACCUCUGCGUCAAGAAUGAUCGCUUGGACGCCCUAAAGCUGUUGGUGAACUCAACUGGUGAUGAUUAUGAGUUCGUGAACUCCAAAGAUGAUGAUGGCAAAACAAUCCUGCAUCUUGCAGUCGCUGAUCGGCAGAUUGAUACCAUCAGAUUUUUGCUUAGCAAAACUGCAAUUAACGUGAACUCUUUGAACGCCAACUCCUUAACGGCCUUGGAUGUUUUAAUGAGAAGUCCAAGAGAACUGAAAGAUGUGGAAAUCGAAGAGGCCCUUCUUAGUGUGGGAGCUUUAAGAGCUAGGAGUAUACCUCCAGCAUCAAUACGAGACAGAGAUACACUCCCAACACCAUAUGAUACUGGAUUUACAGGGCGAAGUGAUAAGCCCCUGGUCGACCGAAAGAAUCCAGACGACCAGGCAGAACAACAAGACACCUCCGAAAAUAAUGAGACUUUUAAGAAGAAAACGUGGAUGGAAGAUAUGCGCAACACAUUGAUGGUGGUGGCGAUAUUGAUUGCAACCAUGGCCUUUCAAGUGGGAGUAAACCCCCCAGGUGGUGUUUUGACGCUAGACGACAUGCUGAAAAAUAAUGGUGGUAAUGCAUCUGAACUAGCUCCAUCUCCAAGCAUUCCUGAAGCAGGCAAGUCUGUAAUGGCUCACGAGGACCAUAUAACAUUUCGUCGUCUUUUCCGYUUCAACACAACAAGUUUCGUUGCCUCUCUGAGUAUAAUUUUAUUUAUGAUAAGCGGAUUACCAUUCAGUCAUAGGUAUUUUAUGUGGUUUUUGAUGGUGAUCAUGUGGCUUGCAGUCACAUCAAUGGCUUUAACUUACUUGUUUUCGAUAUUAGCCUUGACACCACGUACUGUGUUAAAAGAACUGGACCGUCAAUUGAUAAUAGCAGUGAGCACAUGGUUGGGCCUGAUGACCUUGCUCGUUCUUAGCCAUAGCAUUCGCUUAACAUACAAGUGGAUGAAAGGUAAGAGAAAGCAGAGGAAAGGGAGCCACCAGGAUUACACAGUUUGAUCAAUGUUUUCUCCUAGAAUUUAAGAAACACUUGUGGAACAUAUGCAUGCAUGCAUUUAUUUAUCUCUGUGCUUUGUGUUUUGGCAUUAAUUGGUCGCUUCUUGAGUCCAGGCAUAUCUUGUAUUAAUAAUCACUACCCCCUCUGUCCACAAGCUCCUGUACAUGUCUCUUCAAAUGUUUUUCUUAAAGCAUCUUGCUAUUUUGA